AUGCCCAUCCCCAGCAAGCACCCCAACAUCGGCCGCUCGCAGAGCUGGGACGCUGCCGGCUGGUAUGAGGGAAACUGGGAGAGCGAGAACGCCUUUGAGUACCAGAGGCCACCGGGCCGGAGGAGCUCCCUGACCUAUGGCGGUGAGGGCAGCUGGUACGAGCCACCGCGGGCGAAUGAUAUCAUGUUGCAGGGCGGUGCGGAGCUGAAGCAAGAGGCGUACCCGUACCAGGAUGCCACCUUCGCACCGGGGCCCCUGAGGAAGGGCUCUGUCCCCGACUUUACCUACUGCGACCGCCCGGGACCCAUGGCUGGCCGGGGCUCUCUGCCACCCCAGGAUUAUUACAGCGACCCGUCGCUGUCGGCGAGGUCACCCAAGGACCCCCGCUGCUACCGGGACCACGUGGCGGGCAGGCCGCUGGCGAGCUACGGGGCACCGGGCAGCCGGCUGUCCUGGGACCAGACCUCAGCGCGCCCGCCUGCCCCACCAGAUGCCACCCGCCUCUACAGAGACCCCAAGCUGGCCCUGGAUGGGCAGCGGAUGCGUGGCAGAGAUGUGUCCCCAGCGUGGUACGGCACGGAGCCCCCCGGCCCGCGGUACGCGGCAGAGCCGCCUGCUUUCCCCGGCAGGCCCGGCUACAGCGAUGGGGCAGAGCGGCCUCCCGAGGCUGCGGUGGCCAGGCAAGCCACCCCCACCUGCCUGGUGGUGGAUCCCACCACCAGCACCGGCACCAGCUAUGGGCCAGGCAGGGAGAGCACCGGCACCAAGGGUCCCUACGACAGCUACGAGCCGGUGGUGGCGACACCUUCCCACCCGCCGGUGCCCCCCGCCUUCCCUGGGUCAGAGGGCAAGAGGAGCUUUGACCCCGAGUUUGUGGCGCUGCUGCGAGCGGAGGGCGUCUCGGAGAGCACCUUCGCUGCCCUGCUGCAGCAGGGCUUCGACUCCCCAAACCUGCUGGCCAUGAUGGAGGAGAACGACAUCAAGUCGGUGGCGCCCAACCUGGGGCAGGCCCGCGUGCUGUCCCGCAUCGCCCACAACUACAAGGCAGAGAUGCAGCUGCAGAGACAGGAGCGCAGGAGCGGGGCGCUGCGCCCCAGGACCCGCUCCAACAGCUUCAGCCACCGCAGCGAGCUCCCUGCAGAAUACGGGGUGCCCGCCGUGGAUGGCCCUGGCAGCUCGCAGCACCCGCCGCCCCUGCAGCCGCUGUCCCCAAGAGGUGUAGACAUACACCGCCGACCAUCCAGCGCCCCGACCCAGCACUUGCUGGAGACCACCAACUACCCGGCCCCCGCGGGGGCUCCUCAGGGGCCACACUUCCUCCCCGGUUCGGGAUACAACACCCCCCUGCCUUGCAGCACACACCCACGUCCCCCCUCUGCCUACUCUGCUCCCGUCGGCUUGCCCAUGACAGCGGCCAACCCUCAUGCCAGCCCCAGCCCCAAGACGGCGUACCCCACCACCUACACCGUGCCCAUGGAGCUGAUGAAGAGGGAGAGGACAGCGGUGGCGUCACCGGCACCCAGCCCCCACAGCAGCCCCCAGCUCCUCCGGCGGCCGGGGACAGCAGGGGACAGCAGCCUGGCACCCACUGGACCCGCCUUCCCUGCCCAGCUCUCCCCAUACCCGAAGCUCAGCAGGCGCACGGGGCCUCCUGUCAUCGUCUCCACCAUGGCAUCACCUGAACCAAGUAUCCGCCCGCAGAUCAUGAACGGCCCCAUGCACCCCCGGCCCCUGGUGGCACUGCUGGAUGGCAGGGACUGCACUGUGGAGAUGCCCAUCCUGAAGGACCUGGCCACGGUGGCCUUUUGUGAUGCACAAUCAACUCAGGAGAUCCACGAGAAGGUGUUGAAUGAAGCUGUGGGGGCCAUGAUGUACCACACCAUCACCCUGACCCGGGAGGACCUGGAGAAGUUCAAGGCCUUGAGGGUCAUCGUCCGAAUAGGCAGCGGCUACGACAACAUCGACAUCAAGGCUGCUGGGGAGCUCGGGAUCGCCGUGUGCAACAUCCCCUCAGCCGCCGUGGAGGAGACGGCCGACUCCACCGUGUGCCACGUGCUCAACCUGUACCGGCGGAACACGUGGCUGUACCAGGCUCUGCGCGAGGGCACGCGGGUGCAGAGCGUGGAGCAGAUCCGGGAGGUGGCCUCGGGAGCCGCCCGCAUCCGCGGAGAGACGCUCGGACUCAUCGGCUUCGGUCGCACUGCGCAGGCGGUCGCGGUCCGAGCCAAGGCCUUUGGCUUCAACGUGAUCUUCUAUGACCCGUACCUGCAGGAUGGCAUCGAGCGCUCCCUGGGCGUCCAGCGGGUCUACACCCUGCAGGACCUGCUCUACCAGAGCGACUGCGUCUCCUUGCACUGCAACCUGAACGAACACAACCACCACCUGAUCAACGACUUCACGAUUAAGCAGAUGAGGCAGGGAGCGUUCCUGGUGAACACGGCCCGUGGGGGGCUGGUGGAUGAGAAGGCCUUAACCCAAGCCCUGAAGGAGGGACGGAUACGAGGGGCCGCGCUCGACGUGCACGAGUCAGAACCGUUCAGUUUUGCUCAAGGCCCAUUGAAAGAUGCUCCCAACCUGAUCUGCACCCCACACACAGCCUGGUACAGUGAGCAGGCAUCCCUAGAGAUGAGAGAAGCUGCUGCCACCGAAAUCCGACGUGCGAUCACAGGGCGCAUCCCAGAGAGCCUAAGGAACUGCGUGAAUAAGGAAUUCUUUGUCACGACGGCUCCGUGGUCAGUAAUAGACCAGCAGGCGAUUCAUCCCGAGCUCAAUGGUGCCACGUACAGGUAUCCCCCUGGGAUGGUCAGUGUGGCACCAGGAGGAAUCCCAGCAGCUAUGGAGGGCAUCAUUCCUGGAGGCAUCCCUGUCACUCACAACCUUCCCACAGUGGCACAUCCUUCCCAAGCUCCAUCGCCCAACCAGCCCACAAAACACGGGGACAACAGGGAACAUCCCAACGAGCAAUAGCAGAUAAUUUAAAAACCAUUCAAUAAACUUAGGACCAAGAGACAUUGGAAAAGAAGUUAUACAUGAACUAAAAGAGAAGAAUUUGAUAUGGAAUUUGUAAUGUUGAUUUUGGACAGACGCAUCAUUGGUGUUCCAGUGUUCCCGACAAAGUGACAGCAGCCAAGACUGGGGAGAAGCUCUGGAGAAGUCACCUGCUCCCUGCAGUGCUGAAAACUAGGAUGUGAUACAUUAAUGAGCAACUUCUGUUAUUGUGUGUUGAGUUUCCUUCAUCUGUGCAUCAAUCACAUGAAUAAAAAUGAAUUUCUUUCCCCCCCUCAAUUCCUUGGGAAGGACAGGGCUCCUGCACUGUGGCCAGGCCACUGAAUUAAGCCAUCUUUACAGAGUUAACAAGAAACCAUUGUGUGGCUUCAGCCCUUUUCCUUUCUCUUGCAUCUGGUGACCUCUCUAACAGGGGGCAGCAGUCCUGGCUUAGAAGUGGAAGAAAAAUAAAAAGAAAAUACUCCUCCUCCUCCUUCUUUUUGCAGUCUCACAGGGCCAGUGCUGUGUAACAGAAGUUCUCCUGCCAGGUCUAAGUUCCAGCCAUUCCAGCCAGGAUCUGUGGGAUGGGAAGGGCAGAAAGGGCUCCUGGCACUGACCAUUGCCCUCCCAGGCUAAGGAAAACCAAACUGCCAGUCUCUUCUCUGCCCAAUACACUGAAUAAAGUAGCUGUGCAUCCACCUACGCCCUGCAAUGAUGCAAGAAAAAAUAAAAGAAAAAAAAAAGAAAAAAAAAGGAAAAAAAAGAAGAAAGUAUUAAAUUUCACACACUAUUUGUACUCAAAUAUAUUUUCUCAGUUUUAAAUCUGCAGCUAUUUUAUCAAGUGGAAAAAGUCUUGAGCUGGAAAGGGUUCAAGAAUAAUGUUGCAUUUCCUUAUGUCUCAGGAAACACUUUUUAUGGUAACUUGUCAGACUGUCUAUGAACAAAAUCCACUUUUUUAGACAUUGAUAAAAGUCUUCUUUUCUUCACGUGAUAUUUUAUACAAGAACACUUCAAGAUGUGUUAUUAGAUGUGACUGAUUUUAACAAAUCCUAUUAGAUUUGUAUCAACUAGCUACAUGUUAUAUUCAUAGUCUUUGUGAAUCAUCGCCUUUUUGUUUUUAAAGAUGGCCUGUUUUGAGCCUUUGUAUGGGUACAUUCCUGUUUCUGUGACAAAAAAAAAAAAAAAAAAGAAAUCUUGAGCUGUCCCAAACAGACAAAAAAAGAAACCAAUGGCUAUCAGUAUGUUUUGUUUUAGUGUGUUACCGUUACUGUAUUUGUUUAUUGUAAAGGUGGACAUUUAGCGUUCAGUGCAGUUUUCAAUAAAAAGUGAUAAAAUUUCUAUAAUUUCUGAAAGGCAAGAGCUCUCGCUGCAAUCUGGGGCUUGGAGACACAGAGGUAACCAUGAGGUACAGAAACAUAAUUCUGGUCACACCUGGUGAAUAUUUACUCCAGUGGGAGGGGAAGGUCUCUUCCAACUCAGACCAUUCUGUGAGCACUGUGGGUUUCCACUAAGCAAGCUACAAAGGCAGCUACAAUUCAAACAACGUUUUCUGUACAUUCUCAAGAGCUGAAGCAUUAUCAAACCAUUGGAAAAUAAAGUGAAAAAAGUGCUCAAGAGGUGCUGGUGGCUUUGAGCCUCACUGGGCAAAAGGCCUGUUCUUGUUUCCACCCUUCUUUCCCACUGUGUCCAAGUGCCACACACAUGGAGUUAGAGGGGACUAAAAACAGCUGAAACCAAAGUGUCCAAGUUACAAAACUCUGUAUUUUGUUUCCUUUAAAUUAAACUGAAAACUUGGUUACAGCUUCAAACAUCCAAAAAAGAGGUCACCUGUUACAGAGGUGAUUGCUCCUUGUCAGUGCUCAGCGCAGCCCAGCAGUGAAUUAUCUGUGACCUCUGUGAGAAACUGGGAUAAAACAGCUCAGAUACAGGGGAAGUGUUUGGUAGACACUGAAAUGACCAUCAAAACCAAGAGGAAAA